UUAUAUUGAGAAAAUGUAAGACAAAAAAAAAGUUCUUUUUAUCAAAAUAUUCAGAUUUCAUGAAUAUUUAUGAUAGGUUAGUGAAAUUUUACACAGUUAUUGCUUAACUCUAGUAAUCUUUGCAAGUUACAAACUAAUUACCUAUUUUCUCAGCAGGGAGUGGGAAGGCGGGAGUGAGUUAACCGAAAGGAAAGAGAUUCUUCCAUUCAUUCACUGUCCGCGCUUCAUGUGAUAGCUGUGCGCACUUUUCAGUUCAUGAACAAAGUUAACAUUUAAUGAGUUUCAACUGGUAUGGGAUAUAUAAAAAGAUGAUUAUACUUUUUAUGUGAGAGAUUUCUUCGUUUGCUUUUUUUUUUCAUAAACAACAGACUUUAUAGAUUGUUCCGUUCUUCAUCGCUCAUUUGAGAUAAUCUUAUCAUAUGAUUAUGCGAAAUAAGGUUUCGAACAAAUGAUUUAUGAAAGAAAAGCGAUGGAUUUUGAAGACUGGAAUUUGAGCGUUUUCGAGAAUUUCAGUGAUUACAUGGAAUAUGACAGAGACGAGUCCUACGGCAUGUACUUUUUAGAUGAGCUUAUCCCCGUAGCUCUUGUGUAUGGAAUAACGCUGAUAGUUGGGUUAAUCGGGAAUAUUUUAAUUAUAUACACAGUUGUCAGUUUCCGAAGAAUGAGGACCAUCAGCAAUGUCUUCCUUGCAUCUCUUGCAACAGCAGAUCUCUUGGUCGUCGUAAUAUGUGUCCCAGUUAAGUUUGGACAGUUAUUUUCCUAUUCGUGGGCACUGGGUGAAAUUGGUUGCAAAUUUGUCCACUAUGUGCAGAACGUCUCCGCAACCUGCUCUGUACUCACACUCACGUCGAUGAGUGUCGAAAGAUACUAUGCCAUUAUGCAUCCAGUGAAGUCCAGAUAUCAAUGCACAAUGAGACAGGCUCGACGCGUUAUCAUGGUUAUAUGGUUCCUUUCAUUCGUCACUGCUCUUCCCAUCAUAUUAGCACAAAUCCAUAUAGAGGUAGGAGAACGAUACAAGGCAUAUUGGUGUGUUCGAAAUUGGCACCAACCCUGGAUUUGGCGAAGUUAUGAAGUCUAUAUGCUCAUCCUGAUUUUAAUUGCUCCUAUCUUAAUAAUGGGUUUCGCAUAUACUAAAAUAUGUCACCAGUUAUGGAUUGUGGUAAAGGACAGAGCAAGUAUGAUAUCAGGUGAAAUGCCGGAAACUGAAACAGCUCUAAAAGAGUCACCCUCAAGGCGUCAUUUUUUGACUUCCAACAAUUCAAGUAGGAAAGUGAAGCGAAAGCGGAAACUCCAAUAGUUGGAAGCGGACAACACAACUGUCAAACAAGUAGAACAAGAUAGUCAACUCACUUCACAAUUUUUCAUUUUGGUUCUUUGUUGUAAAUAAAAAUGGUUCAUGCUUUCUCCAAUUACACGUGUUUAAAGUAUGAAACAUUUCAGGGAAAUCCUUUAGCUGCCAUUUAUAAAAGAACGAAGGGUAUCUUUAACUAUGCUGCAGUUGGGUUAAGAAUAUUAAAUAGAAUAUUAACGCAUAAAAGAAAAAAAAUAUAGCUAACAGGGACAGACGACUGUUUCAGUACUGUAACAAGUAACGUCAUCAUACUGAGGUACGAGAAGUGGAAAUAUUAACGGUACCAACAUAGUUUUAACUAGUAUUUAAUUUAGAUGGGGGAAAAAUUGAAUACCAUUGAGGCGAAUAGAACAAGACCGCAGGUAGUCAUUUCUUAAUAUAAUAAGAGAAAAAGUGGGAAAAGGAAAGGCAAAAAAAUAAAGAGAUUUUUGUAAACGAGUAGAAAAUAAGGGAUACUUAAAAAACUCAAACGUUUAUAGAAUGAGAAAUGAUUCUCAAAUGACAGUUCCUACUUUUUUAUGUCAUUUCUUCAUUUUGUCAUUUCUUCGAUAAUUCUAUCAAUACUAAAAAUGAUUAAUUCCUCCACUUUUAUAAACAUUAUUUUACUCAAUAUUUUUAACGUUAUUAAUAAAACUUUCAUAACAUUGUUACAUAUCUACAAGCACUCAGAUCGCACACAAAAAAGUACAAUACUUAAAGUCAGACAUAAAUUUAAAAACUACUG